CAGCUUCCUGGCAGUGACAGCCCAGCUCAGGGUUACCACACGGCUCACCUGUGAAGCAAUCGUCCCGGCAGGAGGGAUGAGCAUCUCAGCCAGGGACUGCCUAUAAAUAUCUGGCCUGCGCUGCUCUGUCAAAGCCCUUCUGUUUGGCUCCUCGGCUUUGACAGAGUGUGAGAAGAUGGCUGAAGAAUUGUCCCCAUUCGAAAAAAGCGUAGAGACCAUCAUCAACGUCUUCCACCAGUACUCUGCGCGACUGGAGAAUCCAGACACCCUGAACCAGAACGAAUUCAAAAAGCUGGUGAAAAAAGAGCUGGCAAACUUCCUCAAGAAGCAGAAGAAGGAUGACGAAGCCAUAAACCACAUCAUGGAGGACCUGGACACAAACUCGGACAAGCAGUUAAACUACGAGGAGUAUGCCAUCCUGAUUGCGAGGCUGGUGCAUGCCUCCCACGAAGAGAUGCACAAGCACAGCCACGGCCCCGGCCACAGCCACGGGCCAGGCCUCGGGGGGACUGGCCCCUGCCACAGCCAAGAGGGCAGUGAGGGUCAUGGCCAUGGCCACGGUCAUGGCCACGGUCAUGGCCACGGCCAUGGCCACGGCCAUGGCCACAGCCACUGAGCGGGAGGCUGAGGACUCCUGCCCCUGGGCCCAACCGGGGGGAAAGGGGAGAUGGCUGCCACCCCACAGAGCACAGGAGCUGCUGGGCCACGUUGCUUUCUCUGUGUGCCUGGGGGAUUGGGGGGUGGACAAUAAAGUCUUUCUCCACACCA